AUGUUCUUCGUCCUGCUCCUGGGGCUCUGCGUGGCCACAGGUGAACUUUUCUCUCGAGUGAGCUCAUGCCCUUCACAGUGCAGCUGUUUUUACCACAACCUAAGUGAUGGAUCGAAGGCCAGGAGUGUGAUAUGCAAUGAUCCCGAGAUAACUCUUGUGCCUGUUGGGCUUCCUGUUGACACAUCCAAGUUGCGGAUUGAGAAGACAUCUAUCCAGCUGAUACCAAGUGAAGCCUUCAACUACCUCUCCAGUUUGGAAUUCUUGUGGAUGUCUUUCAACACUUUGUCCGCCUUGAGCCCGGACAGUUUCCGGGGACUAUUCAACCUGGAAGAGCUUCGUCUGGAUGGGAAUGCCCUCACCGCCUUUCCCUGGGAAUCUCUCAUGGAUAUGCCCAGUCUCAGACUUCUCGAUUUGCACAACAACCAGCUAACCUCGCUGCCCGCGGAAGCCACCACUUACAUAAAAAACCUGACCUACCUGGAUCUGUCCAGCAACAGCCUACUGACCCUGCCGACAGAGGUGUUGUCCACCUGGCUGGCUGCUAAGCCCACACAAGGACCAGAGAGCUCCAAGAUGAUACUUGGUCUCCAUGACAACCCCUGGGUGUGUGACUGUCGGCUCUAUGACCUGGUCCAGUUCCAGAAAACCCCUACUUUUUCUGUGGCAUUCAUUGACACAAGGCUCCGUUGUUCGGCUCCGGAGAGUCUGUCAGGGGUCUUGUUCAGUGAUGCAGAGCUCAGGCAGUGUCAGCUCCCACGUAUCCACACAGCUGUGGCACGAGUCCGUAGUGCAGUUGGAAACAAUGUGCUGCUCCGCUGUGGGACCAUUGGAGUCCCUAUACCAGACCUGACAUGGCGCCGGGCAGAUGGACGACCUCUUAAUGGAACAGUGCAGCAGGAGACAUCUGAGGAGGGAAUUACCUGGUCCGUCCUCAGUGUCCCAGCUGUGUCCUUUCAAGAUUCAGGGAAAUUCAUCUGCAAGGCCUCUAACUAUGCUGGGAAUGCUGAGGCUGUUGUUUCUCUACUUGUCUCUAACUCACCCAAACUAGGGGAGAACCAAACCAUGAGUGAAAAGAAGGCCAAAGUCAAGAAACCAAACCAAAUGGGCAAAGCUGCCUACCAGGAGAAACUGGUAGCCAGAUAUGUAGUUCCAACCUCUGCCCCUUCACCCUUGCCCACCAUGGAUCCUGGCCUUAUACCUGGUCUCGGUUCUGAUCCUGGACUAGCCAGCUAUAGCAUGACUGACAGAGCUACCCAAGGGUCUGUCACCUCCUCUAACCCAGAUGCCCUACUGGAUCUGGAGAAGACAAAUCUUAGCAACCUGGCAGCCAACACCUCAUCACUGCAGCAGGACCCAGACAGAGUAGUCAGGUCGGUGAAGGUAGUGGGGGACACAGACAAUACAAUCUCUUUGAACUGGAGAGCCCCUAAAGCCAAGAAUACAACAGCCUUUAGUGUGCUGUAUGCAGUGUUUGGAGAAAGGGACAUGAGAAAGAUCAAUGUUGGAGCAGGGCAGAACCGUGUAACCAUUGAUGGGUUAGUGCCAAAGACCAAGUACAUUGCCUGUGUAUGCGUGAGGGGGCUGAUCCCCAAGAAGGAACAGUGUGUAAUAUUUUCCACUGAUGAAGCAGCUAGUGCUACUGGCACCCAGAGACUGAUUAAUGUGAUUGUGAUUACUGUGGCCUGUAUCAUUGCGGUCCCACUCACUGUCAUUGUAUGCUGUGGGGCAUUGAAGAGACGUAUCCAAAAGUACUGGGGAAAGAAAUCAAAGGACAUCCAAGAUUCGUAUGUGACCUUUGAAACACUGUCCCCAGGCACAAAAGCCAAAGGGCUUGAGGGCGAAUAUCUUAACAGACAAAAUCCCGAGGAGUCCAACAGGCUGCUGUCAGCCCGCUCCAGCCUUGACUCUGAGGCCACAGCUAAGAUAGAGGGACAGCCUAAUGAGUACUUCUGCUGA